UAUUUUAGUCUGUGCCAGUCUGUGCUGUGAAUGACGAAUGUCAACCGCAAAGGUUAUGAUUUUGAAAUAAAAUAAGUUACAAUAAAAAUCAAUUUUAUUCAUAAUUUGGUUAUCAUAAUAUCUUAUGUUUAGUCAUUGUUUUUCUAUAUUCCACGUAACUGUGUUUAAGUUGGCGCAGACAUCGUUUAACCAUGCGAUGCAGUAUAAAAUUUGCCCGGAUCCUUCCAAUCACUAUUUUUUUUCUGCUACUGAUCCAUCUAACAUAUCAAGCCAAGAAACAGAAGACUUCGGUGGUAAAUGACAUAGAAGACAUCAAAUCUUUUAAGAAGUUGUUAAGGACUAAAACAAACAUACUGUUUUUAUUUGUAAAUAAUCAAAAAGCUGCGAAAACUGUUACCAAUGUGUUCAAAGAUACGGCUGAGGCCAUGAAAGGGCAGGCUACAUCUGUCUUGAUUGACUGCAGUAAUGGGGAAUCAAAAAAACUGUGUAAGAAACUCAAGAUAGACCCUGAGGUUUCUUAUGUAUUAAAGCACUACAAGGAUGGCGAGUAUAACAAGGACUACGACCGGAGUGAGACUGUUUCAUCAAUGUCAAACUUCCUGCGAGAUCCUACAGGAGACUUGCCCUGGGAUGAAGCACCAGAUGCCACUGACAUAUACCAUCUUCAGGAUUUUGAUGCCCUAUCCAAGUUCCUGCGCAAGGGAGCGGCUGCGUACCGACGCUCCCUGAUCAUGUUCUAUGCACCGUGGUGCGGCUACUGCAAGAUGAUGAAGCCAGACUAUGCGCAAGCUGCCACUGAACUGAAGGGUGAGGCGUUGCUGGCUGCCAUUGAUGUCGCCAAGCCGGGAAAUGCUAAAAUAAGACAACUCUACAAUAUCACUGGAUUCCCCACGUUACUGUACUUUGAAAAGGGCCUAUACCGUUUCCCGUACGGAGGGGAGAACAAGCGAGCGGCCAUUGUGGAGUUCCUGCGGGACCCCAACGCUCAGACGCAGAAGAAGAAAGAAGCGGCCAAGGACGAGAGCUGGCCGCAAGACUCUGAUGUCCUGCAUCUUAACGGUGACAACUUCAACAGCGAGUUGGCCAAGGCAGAGCACGCUCUGGUGAUAUUCUACGCGCCGUGGUGUGGACACUGCAAGAACAUCAAACCAGAAUUCGAGAAGGCUGCUGCCGCUAUCAAGAAGGAUAAGAUAAACGGCGUGCUAGCGGCAGUGGACGCGACUAAGUUCUCGGAGCUGGCGGCGCAGUACGGGGUGAAGGCAUUCCCGACACUCAAAUACUUCUCUCGAGGAGAGUACAAGUUCGACGCCGGACACGCCAGGAAGGAGAAACAAAUCAUCGAGUUUAUCAAGAACCCCCAAGAGCCGCCGCCGCCGCCGCCACCAGAAAAGCCGUGGUCCGAGGAGCCGUCGCAAGUGAGACACCUCAACGAGAACAACUUCAGGAGCUCGCUGAGGAAGAUCAAGCACGGGAUCGUCAUGUUCUAUGCGCCUUGGUGCGGCCACUGCAAGAGCGCCAAGCCCGAGUUCACGCGCGCGGCCGAAGCGUUCGCCGACGAACUGGCCGUCGCGUUCGCCGCAGUGGACUGCACGGCCGCGGCCACGCUCUGCCAGAACUAUAAUGUCAUGGGGUACCCCACGUUUAAGUACAUAAGCUACUAUGACAAGAGUAUUAGCGACUACAAUGGAGGCCGAAAGGAAGAAGACUUUGUAUCGUUCAUCAAGAAGCAGAUGGGCAUUUCCGCCUCUUCAGUACCUAUCAUCGCAGAUGAAGCUGAUAUGUAUGACGAAUAUUAUCAUUAUUAAGGAGAAUUUUAUUUUAUUGUAAACUUAAUUAAAUUCGUGUCUGUUCUAGCCGAGCGUCGGCCGUAGCUAGGACGUAAGUCCGUUGCUCUGCCAUCACUAGGUGAGGGUACCCCUCAGAAUAGUGUGAGUGGCUCAAUAAAAAUAGAAUAUAUAUUAUAUAAUAUAAUAACAAUAGUUGACCAAGUUACUGCCGACGCUCGACUCGCACCCAUCAUCCUUUACUGUAAUAAAAAUCGAAGAUAUAUAUAUUUUUUUCUUAUGUAGGAUUUAACCUUGAUAUUUAAAUCAAUUUAGUUUUAUUAAACUAAUAUGGUCAUUAAAUAAUUAUACUUACCUACUAUGAAACCUUCAAUGAGCUUAAAAUUACUAUCAUGGCAUAUUCUCUAAAUUUGUUGAUAGAGUCUAACCCAUGUAUUCAUAAAAUAUAUUGUUUCGUAGGUUACUAUUGAAUUGUUGUACUUAUAAACUAAUUAUUGCAAUAUUUAAAAUGAUGAUGCAACCAGCUUAAUAAAGUACCUACUGCAAACAUAA